CGGCGCUCAAUAGAGUUUCCAAAUCAAGGCGAGAAGAUGGAAGUGGCCUUCGUCUCAGGCGCGCUCCAGGUCGUCGUCGCCGUCGUCAACAACGUGCUCGGGAAGCCCCGCGUGCCCACAGACCCGAUCGCGCAGCGCCAAGUCGAGCUCCAGCACGAGCUCCUUGAGGCCAAGAAGCGCUGCGUCGCGCUCGAGCUCGAGCUCGCCGACGUGACGCUCAAACUCACCAAGCAAGAAGAUACUGUAAAGCAGCGGCGCCUCAAACACGCCGUCGAGCAACUCCAGCUGCAGAUUCGCUGGCAGCGGCUCGAGCGGCGUCAUCGACUGCAGCAGCUGCGGCUGUGGCUACCGCGUGCGGCGGGUUUUUUGGCCCUCGCCUUUCUCGUCUAUGCGGCCGUCGCCUAUACCUGGCAGUUCUGGCCGCGCCUCUUUGCCUCGCAGCUCCAGUGACGCACCGCGUAUAGUGUAGUCGCAGUCAUUAUCUACAUGUACUAACACACCGCGUGCUGUCCUGUUGUCCUGUCGAAAGAUCGGAGAUUCGAUUCGAGCU